CUUGGGACUGCCAUCCAUCUUCGCUGGGCUUUGGUGCCAUGGCCAACUUGAUUUCAUCAUGGAGGCAGCUCUCUUGGAGUGGGUCAAUGCAUUGGAUGUGGUGCAGCAGCACGUGCGGAGCUUACGAGAUCUCGCCGAUGGCGAGCUCUUGCUGCAGAUCAUGCGCGAUAUCAACCCGCAGGACUUCUCUGGUUCGGGCACCGCGCUGGACGUGCUCCGCGCCGGGCUGCAGCAGCACUUCGCCGGGCGUCCGGCUGCGCGGCACGUGGCGCAGCUGGGCGCAGGGCCGGGGUCGCUGGUGCAGCUGGUGAUCUGGGCCACCUUGGACAAUGACCUUCCGAAGCGAACAAAGUACGUCCAAAUCUGUCAGCAGCUGAGCGCCCACUCGGCGCAGCAGAUCAUGCUCUUAGCCGAACGCUUCAGUGAGGAACCCGAGACGCCGGAGGCCGGCGGCGUCAGCGGCCGUGCCUCGAGCGCCUUCGGCAGCAUGAUGCCACGCAGCUCCGAGCUCGCGUUGCCGGAUUUCUUGGAAGUGGGUCUCGACCCGGAGACCCGCUUCCGGCGCCUCAAGGAGCAUUACAUCGCGCUGAAGGAAGAGCAGGAACGUUGGGAAGAAGAUCGCCAGAAGUUGAUGUCGGACUUGGAAUCUGAACGCAGCAAGCGCCUCGAAGCGCAGGAGAAGGAGCGCCUGGCGCGUGCGGAGCUCCGAGUGGCUGAAGAGGCCCAGGAUCGUCUCCGUGAGGAGCAGCGUGCCGCGCUGGAGAUGAAGCUGGAUCAGGAAAUCUCCAGUUACCAGAGCGAGCUCCGGCAGAAGGACGCCGAGAUGGAGCGACUGCGGGAAGAGUUGGAAGUCGCCCGCGUGGAAUCGCAGAAGGCUCAGAAGUUGCAGAGUCAACUGGAGAUCUUCAAGAAGAGGCUUGAGGAGUGCCAAGUCUGGAAGAGAGAGAAAGAAGAGCUCCGAAGGCAGCUGGAUGAGAUUACCUCUUCCAACAAGGCGGGUUCCGGCACCGUGGAGCAUUUGCACGGACGCUUGGCGGCGCUGCGGGAUGAGCUGCAAACGGCCAACCGCGAGCGCGACCAGGCGCAACUCCAGGUGAAGCUCCUCCAAGGGGAGCUGGAACAGGCCACCCUCGCCGCCUCCACUGGCCCCGCGCCGGCCACGGCGCCCGCCGCGGCGCCGUUACCGGCGACGCUGCCGGUGGCGCCGGUGGCGUCGCAGCUGGCGGCGGAGGAGCGGGAGGAGCUGCGAGCGGCGAACCGAGAACUGCAGUCGCAGGUGGCGUUGAGAGAACGCGAACUUCAAGUCUUUCACUGGCGUAGUCAGGCAGAGAGUAAUACCUUGAAAGCGCAGGAGUCACUGAUGGCCUCAUGCUUCCAUGAGCUGGGGCUACGACUUCAUCAACUGCAGCUGCAGAAUGCGCAGCUGCAAAAGCGGACUGGAGAUGGUCGCGACAUGGAUGAGGAGACCUAAAUCGCUUUGCAUGCCGACUGCAGGAUGCAA